CGUCCAGUUUGUUCGAAAAGAAUCAUUAAUCAUAUAAUAUAUAUAAGAUAUAAGAGGGGAAGAAUCGACAAAGAAUGACGAACAUAAAACCGUGAAUGAAAAAGCGUUAGGAGAAUGAUCGACUCUGUUAUGUUAGAAGGUGCAAAAUUAAUGGGUGCCGGAGCUGCUACAAUUGCUUCAGCGGGAGCUGCUAUCGGUAUUGGAAACGUCUUUAGUUCUUUAAUCCAUUCCGUGGCGCGGAAUCCGUCAUUGGCAAAACAAUUAUUUGGUUAUGCUAUUUUGGGCUUUGCUCUAACCGAAGCUAUCGCAUUGUUUGCCUUAAUGAUGGCCUUUUUGAUUUCAUUCGUAUUUCGAUUCUUUUAAAAAGAAAGGGGAGCUGGAGGAGCUCCACCUUUAAGAGUAACAGGCCAAAAAAAGAAGGUUUGUGAGGUUUUCGCUAGGGUGAAGGAAGUGAAAAAACCUUCUUGGCCUUUAGUGGGAAGAAGGCUGGUGGGAACGAGCGGAGCGAGAGCAAAGCAAGUUCCUGCGGCGGGUUGUCUUCAUGGCC